UUCGGCUCUAACACAGGUGCUUUUCGAUAACUAUCGUUGUCUAGGGAAACCGAUUUAAACAGUUCAAAACAAUUACAAGCUUCACUUAGAAAUUUGCAAACAAACGAAAAAUAAUUUAUAUUUCCGCAAAAUGAGUGAAAAUCGAUUGGCCUUCCUGGCCGAAUGGUAUCAAGUGGAAGCAGCCAUUAUUCGUACCUUUCUGGUGACUUACUAUAUAACAGAUCAGGCGGUGGAAGUGUUUGAUCAGCGCAGUAAGAAAACGUUUUUGCGCCGCACGAAGAUACCGGAACUAACACAACGAGAUUUCUUUGUGGGAUCCAAGAUUAAUGUUUUUGGCCGGCAAUUCGAUAUUGUAGAUUAUGCAGAUGAAUCCACUCGCAACACUUUGGCAAGAUAUAGGAAAAAAGGAUUUGUGCUGCUUAAGAAUAAUAUGUGGAUGAAACAUUUGGGCAAGUUUCUUAAAACUUUAAUUGAGAACAAAAUCAAUAUAAAUGAUGGCCUAAUGGUGCAAUUUACUCCGAAAUUGGUCACAAAGUUUCUGUCGGGCAAGCAGCAUAACGACGUAACAGCCUCAGUCCUCAUGAACGAGCUGCUCUCUGGUCCGGCAAUCAGCCUUGAGUUGAUUGGUGACAAUGUUGUAGACAUUAUGGUAGCUUGUGCCAAUUACAAAUCAGACAAUGCUUCCACUUCUAUUAGAUUGUCGCCCAGCAUGGAGCAGUUGUUUGAUAUAGAAGAAGUGAGACAUGGAUUCUACUGUCCUACUCGAGAGGAGGAUGUGGCCAUGGAUCUCAAAUUUGUAUUCGAAGAACGACGCAGUAUUAUUAAGGAUUGUAUUUUUAAAAACACCACAUUGGCCAUUAUUAAACCGCACAGCAUAAAGGAUGGUCAUCUAGGCAAAAUAGUGGAUGAAAUACUCUCGAAUGGUUUUAAAAUCACAGCUAUGCGAAUGAUUCUAAUGGCCCGUAUCAAUUGCGAGGAAUUCUACGAGGUCUAUCGGGGAAUUCUACCCGAAUAUAUACCCAUGGUGGCGCAGUUAGCUAGUGGUGUGUGCAUGUGCUUAGAGGUUUUUGCCGAGGAUCCGGAAAAAGUAUCCCACACAGACUUCCGAAAUUUCUGUGGACCCAUGGAUCCCGAGAUUGCCAAACUUUUGCGGCCACACACAUUGCGUGCCAAAUUUGGCAAGUCAAAAGUGCUAAAUGCAGUGCAUUGCACCGAUCUACAUGAUGACACAAAUCUGGAACUUCAGUAUAUGUUCAAGAUAAUCGAUUGAUUCGAUUCCUCUUAUAGGCAUUUUAGUUCAAAUAUUAUUUAUUUUAGUUCCAUUGUGUAUAUGUAAAUAAAUUACAAGUGCAAAAUAACAAUUGUAUUUGGAAGCUGUAACAAA